AGAGAGCCUUGGUGAGUCACUCACAAGUCUUUCUCUCUGCAUUUGCAUUUUUAUUUUCUUUUAUUUUCUGAGAGAGAUAAUAAACUCAAAGAAGAAGAAUCGGAUCGAAGAAAGAGGUGUCAUUAAUUAAUGUAAUGUAAAUGCGAGUCAAGCACGGGGAUAUCCAUUGAGAGUGAGAGUGAGAGGGUCCUUCCUUCCUUCCUUCCUUCCUUGGGAGCGUUUGUUUGGCUUCACACGUGUUGGUGUUUAGAGUGAUAAAAUGGGUUCUGAGAAGUUGAGAAUGGAGGAGAUGCGACAAGUGGAAGAGAAAGGAAGAGAGAGCAGCUGCUGCUGCUGCAGCUCCUCAGAUUUUCUGAUUUCGGAAACAAUCAGAAGAGAGGAGGAACAAAGCCCUAGCAGUGAUUUCACUGCUUCUCCGCUUUCGUCUCGUUGGUCUGUGAAGAAUAAUGGGGAGGAGGGAGAUAAUAAUAAUAAGAAGAAGAUUCGGUGCCCCAAACAAUCAAAGGUUUCAGAGAUUGAGAUGAUGAAGGAAAGGUUUUCGAAGCUUCUACUUGGCGAGGAUAUGUCUGGUUCUGGCAAUGGUGUCUGCACUGCUUUAGCCAUCUCUAACGCCAUCACCAAUCUUUGUGCUACCUUGUUCGGGCAACUAUGGAGGUUAGAGCCUCUUCCUAAGGAGAAGAAAGACAUGUGGAGACGAGAAAUGGAAUGGCUUCUCUGUGUCUGUGAUCACAUUGUUGAGAUGUCUCCUACUUGGCAAACUUUCCCUGAUGGUUCCAAACUCGAGAUAAUGACCUGCAGACCAAGAUCAGACCUUUAUGUUAACCUCCCAGCUCUCAGAAAACUCGAUAACAUGCUUCUUGAGAUAUUAGAUAGCUUUGAGGAGACUGAGUUUUGGUAUGUCGACCAAGGAAUCAUGGCACACGACGAAUCAGCAUCAGCAUCAGCAUCAGCAGCAGCGGACGGAUCAUCUUCUUUUCGUCAAUCUUUUCAGAGACAAGAAGACAAAUGGUGGCUACCGGUUCCAAGGGUUCAACCAGGAGGCUUGCAAGACAAGUCAAGAAAACAGUUGCAGCAUAAACGCGACUGCACUAAUCAGAUACUUAAAGCUGCUAUGGCCAUCAACAGCAUCACUCUAGCCGACAUGGACAUCCCUGAAUCAUAUCUCCUAUCUCUUCCACGGAGAGGAAGAUCUUGCCUCGGUGAUUUGAUCUACAGAUACAUUUCGUCAGAUCAAUUCUCACCUGAGUAUCUUCUUGAUUGCCUUGACUUAUCCUCUGAGCAUCAAGCCAUAGAGAUAGCUAACCGAGUCGAGUCAUCCAUCUACCUGUGGCACAAAAGGUCUAAUUCCAAACCAGCUACAAAUACCAAAACGUCGUGGGAGAUGGUGAAAGAACUAAUGGUUGAUGGAGAGAAGCUUGAGUUGAUGGCGGAUCGAGCUGAAAGUUUGUUGCUUUCUUUAAAACAACGGUUCCCUGGUCUCCCUCAAACCGCUCUAGACAUGAGCAAAAUCCAAUACAACAAGGACAUCGGAAAAUCGAUUCUGGAAAGCUACUCGAGAGUUCUAGAGAGCUUAGCGUUCAACAUUGUCGCACGGAUAGAUGACUUACUCUUUGUUGAUGAUCUUACAAGACACUCAUCGGAUCAGAUACCAACAACAUUAGGUAACAACGGUAGUGACGCUGUUAAGAACAAAGCAUUGUCUGUUACAACAACCUACACAACACCAAGCUACUCUCCUGCAAAACUGGAGCUGGGAACAUCAGUGCCGCCUUCUCCUUCAAGGUUCAAGAUUCCCCACAGUAGUAGCGUUAAAAGGGUUUUGACGGCUUACGUAACAAAGCACGAACCAAGGCUGAAGGAUAUUCAGGUGGAAAGAUCGAGCCGUUCAUCAUCGAGUGAGAGAUUGUCUCUGGAGAAAUGCAUGAAGGAGUCGUUGAAUGUAUCGAACCUUGAUCCUGGAAUUUGAAAAAUGAUCUACUCCUUGGAAUAGUAGUCUCUGCUUUUGGAUUCUUUUUAUUAUUACUUUCUCCUCCCUAUUAAGUGUUGUUCCCUUUCUUGUCUUGUCUUGUGUGUAGUAGCUUUUAGAUUGUAUAAUGGAUAUUUGGAAAGUUUGGGUUUGAGAGUUACAGAAAAGGAGUCUAAUUCGAUAAACC